GUCCUCCGCGAGGCUCCGGAGGCCGCGACCGCGCUGCUGCGCUACGCCACGGUGGAGCCGAAGAAGGAGGAUCCGUUCUGGCACCCCCUCCCCACGCGCGUCAGCUUCGCGCCACGCCACAGACUUGCGAAGUUCAAGCGGGCAUUCAAUCCACAGGACGUUUACCUCACGGAGUACCAGCACGAGAACAACUGGAGCUUCGAUCCGUCGGCUUGGAGACCUCCAGGCUGGCACGAGCCUUGGGUGGACCGCAGCCCAGGCAAGCCGAUCAUUGAUGCGGAGAUCCGCGUAUGCCUUAUUGCAGACCUUAUUUGCCCGGAAGUGUUCGCUGCCUUGGUCGACCCCAAGAAUGCGGAUUUCCUGCAGCUUUAUGAGGAUGACACCAUCCACGCGAUGGUGAAGCACCUCUUCUGGAAGGCAGCGGGCAAGAUCGACCUCACGUCGGUUCUCUUAAGCUUUUGGAGCUUGGCGCUGCUUCUCGCGGAGGAG